UAAUGGCGUCGGCGAAUCUGUGGGGUUCGGGGAGCCGGCGCUGAAGCUUGUGACGACCGGUGUGUCUGGGCCCCGCGGCAGCGGGAGGGACCUGCCCGCUUAGGGGGCUCCUCGGCCGGAGCCGGCGGGGCCUAGCGGGGCGGGCGACUGCAGGGGCAACGCGGAGAGGAGCCGGGGGAGUUGCGAGGAGGCUGCCGGAGGCACUCGGGCUCGCUCCGGUGGGCAGUCCAGGCCCCGCGGAGUCCCCGCGGAGCCCCAGAGGCGGGCUGCGGCGGGGCCGGAGGUGCCUGGGGGCAGUUGCCUGUCGCCCCCGGGAGCUGACAGUGCCGGAGUUCGUUUGCGCCGCUCGGAAAUUGGCUCGGAACUUGGUGGAUCAUGUCCAGCACCAACAGCCCCGAAGCGGUCAAGAAGCUGCUGGAGAACAUGCAGGGCGACCUGAGGGCCCUGUCCCUGGAGUGCAAGAAGAAAUUCCCACCUGUCAAGGAGGCUGCUGAAUCAGGAAUAAUAAAAGUUAAAACAAUAGCUGCACGAAACACCGAAAUUUUGGCAGCAUUAAAAGAGAACAGCUCAGAGGUUGUUCAACCUUUUCUAAUGGGUUGUGGAACCAAGGAACAGAAGAUCACUCAGCUAUGUUUGGCCGCCAUUCAGAGACUCAUGUCACAUGAAGUUGUAUCUGAGACUGCAGCUGGAAAUAUAAUUAACAUGCUUUGGCAGCUAAUGGAAAAUAGUCUUGAAGAACUUAAGCUACUUCAAACAGUUCUUGUUCUUUUAACAACCAAUACAGUAGUUCAUGACGAGGCACUCUCUAAGGCAAUUGUUCUUUGUUUUCGACUACAUUUCACAAAAGAUAAUAUUACCAAUAAUACAGCUGCUGCUACAGUGCGACAAGUUGUUACUGUUGUUUUUGAGAGGAUGGUUGCUGAAGAUGAACGACACAGAGAUAUUAUAGAACAACCAGCACUGGUUCAAGCCAAUAGUAACAGAAGAUCUGUCAGUACUCUCAAGCCUUGUGCUAAAGAUGCAUAUAUGCUUUUCCAGGAUCUUUGUCAAUUGGUUAAUGCUGAUGCUCCUUACUGGCUAGUAGGCAUGACAGAAAUGACUCGAACAUUUGGCCUUGAAUUACUUGAGUCAGUCCUGAAUGAUUUUCCACAAGUCUUUUUACAACACCAGGAAUUUAGUUUCCUCCUAAAAGAAAGAGUAUGUCCUCUUGUGAUAAAGCUCUUUUCUCCAAAUAUAAAAGUUAGACAAGGUUCCAAUACUUUCAUCUUUCUCCAGCACCCAGUUGAAAAACCCGUAUUUUUCCUAUCUGGCAUGCGUUUGCUGAAGAGAAUGCAAUUUAUAAUUCUUAGGUUUAAAGAAAUAUUAUUUAAAAAUCUUACACUUUGUGAGAUAUUUCUGUCACUUCUGGUGAAAUUUCUGGAUGCAGAUAAACCACAGUGGCUACGAGCUGUUGCAGUAGAAUCAAUACACAGACUCUGUGUGCAGCCUCAGCUAUUAAGGUCAUUUUGUCAGUCCUAUGAUAUGAAACAACAUUCUACCAAGGUUUUUCGUGAUAUUGUGAAUGCACUGGGCUCCUUUAUCCAAUCAUUGUUUCUUGUCCCUCCUACUGGAAAUCCUGCUACCGCAAACCAAGCUGGAAACAAUAAUGCAGGUGGCACUGUCUCAGCACCAGCUAACCCAGGAAUGUUGGGGAUUGGUGGAGGUGUUACUUUACUACCAGCAUUUGAAUAUAGAGGAACUUGGAUACCUAUUCUGACUAUAACAGUACAAGGCAGUGCUAAAGCAACAUACCUAGAGAUGUUGGACAAAGUUGAGCCCCCAACUAUACCAGAAGGUUAUGCCAUGUCUGUGGCAUUCCAUUGUUUGCUAGACCUUGUCCGUGGCAUCACUAGUAUGAUUGAAGGAGAGUUGGGAGAGACUGAAAUGGAAUGUCAGACUAGCAGUGAAGCUGCUUCUUCAACAACACAGUCAUCAGAACAGCAAGAAUUACAGUCAACAGCAGACGAAAUGGAUAAGGAAAUAGUUAAUAGAGCUGUUUGGGAAGAAAUGGUGAAUGCCUGCUGGUGUGGUCUACUUGCUGCUCUCUCACUCCUUCUUGAUGCCAGCACAGAUGAAGCUGCCACUGAGAAUAUUUUAAAAGCUGAACUGACUAUGGCUGCUCUUUGUGGAAGACUGGGCCUAGUAACUUCAAGAGAUGCCUUUAUAACUGCAAUAUGCAAAGGUUCCCUGCCUCCCCAUUAUGCUCUUACUGUGUUGAAUACCACCACUGCAGCCACCCUUUCCAAUAAAUCAUAUUCCAUUCAGGGCCAAAGUGUUAUGAUGAUAAGUCCAUCAAGUGAAUCUCACCAGCAAGUAGUGGCAGUGGGUCAGCCACUAGCAGUCCAGCCUCAAGGAACAGUAAUGUUAACAUCCAAAAAUAUCCAGUGUAUGAGGACUUUACUUAACUUGGCACACUGUCAUGGGGCUGUUCUUGGAACAUCGUGGCAACUUGUCUUGGCAACUCUACAGCAUCUUGUAUGGAUUCUGGGAUUAAAGCCUAGUAGUGGUGGUGCCUUGAAACCUGGGAGAGCUGUAGAAGGACCCAGUACAGUUCUAACAACAGCAGUGAUGACAGAUUUACCAGUGAUUUCCAAUAUACUUUCAAGAUUGUUUGAAAGCUCACAGUACCUUGAUGACGUAUCAUUGCACCAUUUAAUAAAUGCGCUUUGCUCCUUAUCCGUAGAAGCAAUGGAUAUGGCCUAUGGAAAUAAUAAGGAACCCUCUCUUUUUGCUGUUGCUAAAUUGUUAGAAACUGGUCUAGUUAACAUGCACCGAAUAGAAAUUCUAUGGAGACCUCUAACUGGUCAUCUACUAGAGGUCUGCCAGCAUCCAAAUUCUCGAAUGAGAGAAUGGGGAGCAGAAGCUUUAACUUCACUUAUUAAAGCAGGGUUAACAUUUAACCAUGAUCCUCCACUUUCACAAAACCAGAGACUGCAGUUGCUUUUAUUGAACCCAUUAAAGGAGAUGUCCAGUAUUAACCAUCCAGAUAUCCGACUCAAGCAACUAGAAUGUGUGUUGCAAAUUUUGCAGAGUCAGGGAGAUAGUCUUGGACCUGGAUGGCCAUUAGUGCUUGGAGUCAUGGGAGCAAUCAGAAAUGACCAAGGAGAAUCCUUGAUACGAACUGCAUUUCAGUGUCUUCAGUUGGUUGUAACAGAUUUUCUACCAACAAUGCCUUGUACUUGCCUGCAGAUAGUUGUAGAUGUUGCAGGUAGCUUUGGACUUCAUAAUCAAGAACUUAAUAUUAGUUUAACUUCAAUAGGUUUAUUGUGGAAUAUUUCAGAUUAUUUUUUCCAAAGAGGAGAAAUUAUUGAAAAAGAAUUAAAUAAAGAAGAGGCAGCACAGCAAAAGCAGGCAGAAGAGAAAGGGGUUGUUUUAAAUCGGCCAUUCCACCCUGCACCACCAUUUGAUUGCCUUUGGUUGUGUCUUUAUGCAAAAUUGGGUGAACUAUGUGUGGACCCCCGACCUGCUGUCAGGAAGAGUGCAGGGCAAACUCUGUUUUCAACAAUUGGUGCACAUGGGACCUUAUUACAGCAUUCAACAUGGCACACUGUUAUUUGGAAGGUUCUCUUUCAUCUGUUGGACCGAGUUCGAGAGUCUUCUACCACUGCAGACAAAGAAAAGAUUGAAUCCGGAGGUGGCAAUAUUCUCAUUCAUCAUUCAAGGGACACAGCAGAGAAGCAGUGGGCUGAGACAUGGGUUUUAACAUUGGCCGGAGUAGCAAGAAUCUUCAACACUAGAAGAUAUUUACUGCAACCUUUAGGAGACUUUUCAAGAGCAUGGGAUGUUCUUCUUGACCAUAUACAAUCAGCAGCACUCAGCAAAAACAAUGAAGUAUCUCUGGCUGCACUCAAAAGCUUCCAGGAAAUUUUACAGAUUGUGUCCCCUGUCAGAGACUCAGAUAAGCCUGAGACACCGCCUGCAGUUAAUGUACCUGUGUCUGUCCUUCUAGGGUCAAUAUCAGGCCCCGGCCUGAGCAGGCCAUUUGUAAGAACAGAUUCCAUUGGAGAAAGACUUGGAAGAUAUAGUAGCUCUGAGCCACCCGUAGUUACUGAUGAGCUUGAAGAUUUGAAUCUCUGGUGGGCUGCGUGGAAUACCUGGUAUAGAAUUGGAUCUGAAAGCACUAAGCCUCCUAUUACUUUUGAUAAACUGACUUUUAUUCCCAGCCAGCCUUUUCUUACAGCUUUAAUUCAGAUAUAUCCAGCUCUCUACCAACACAUAAAAACUGGUUUCAACAUGGAUGACUUGCAAAAAUUGGGGGUCAUAUUGCACAGUGCUGUUUCUGUCCCAAUAAGUUCAGAUGCAUCUCCUUUUAUUCUUCCAUCUUAUACUGAAGCAGUUUUGACAAGUUUACAGGAAGCUGUACUUACAGCUUUAGAUGUUCUCCAAAAGGCCAUCUGUGUAGGACCAGAAAACAUGCAGAUAAUGUAUCCAGCUAUAUUUGACCAAUUACUGGCAUUUGUAGAAUUUUCCUGUAAACCUCCACAGUAUGGACAACUGGAAACAAAGCACAUUGCAAAUGCAAAAUAUAAUCAGAUCCAACUAUUUGCACCGGCGGAAUGGGUAGCCUUGAAUUAUGUACCGUUUGCUGAAAGGUCUUUGGAAGUUGUUGUGGAUUUAUACCAAAAAACAGCCUGUCACAAAGCAGUGGUGAAUGAGAAAGUACUCCAGAAUAUCAUUAAGACCCUUAGGGUUCCUCUCAGUUUGAAGUAUUCCUGCCCUUCUGAAAGCACAUGGAAACUGGCAGUAUCUUCUCUCCUCAAAGUUCUUUCUAUCGGGCUGCCGGUUGCCCGGCAGCAUGCUUCUUCUGGAAAAUUUGACAGUAUGUGGCCAGAACUAGCCAAUACUUUUGAAGACUUUCUUUUUACUAAAAGCAUACCUCCGGAUAACCUUUCUAUUCAAGAAUUUCAAAGAAAUGAAAGUAUUGAUGUUGAGGUAGUUCAGCUUAUCAGCACUGAGAUACUACCUUAUGCCAAUUUUAUUCCUAAGGAAUUUGUUGGUCAGAUAAUGACCAUGCUUAAUAAGGGCUCAAUACAUUCUCAGUCAUCUUCAUUUACAGAAGCAGAGAUUGAUAUUCGUUUGAGAGAAGAAUUUUCUAAAAUGUGUUUUGAAACAUUGCUCCAGUUUUCCUUCAGUAAUAAAGUCACAACGCCUCAAGAAGGCUACAUCUCACGAAUGGCACUCUCAGUGCUUUUAAAGAGGUCUCAAGAUGUACUACAUCGCUAUAUAGAGGAUGAAAGAUUAAGUGGUAAAUGCCCUCUUCCAAGGCAACAAGUAACAGAAAUCAUAUUUGUUUUAAAAGCAGUUAGUACUCUCAUUGAUUCACUUAAGAAAACUCAGCCUGAGAAUGUUGAUGGAAAUACCUGGGCACAAGUAAUUGCCUUAUACCCAACUUUAGUAGAAUGCAUCACCUGCUCAUCUUCAGAAGUCUGCUCUGCACUUAAAGAGGCACUAGUUCCCUUUAAGGAUUUCAUGCAGCCACCAGCAUCCAAAGUUCAAAAUGGAGAAUCUUGACCAGCUACAAUAAAUUUAAAGAAGAAAGAUAUCUAAAGAAUGUCUGCUCCUCAGUGAGUCUUCUAUUAGAAGACAUUUCUUACUACAAAUAAUUCUUGGCAGCUGUUGUUGGCCUUCUUUAAAUUGUACUUACCUGAGUUCAGUAGUUCUUAUUACAAGCUUACACGUCAGCAAAGGCUCCUGAAUGAGUAUCAGUGCAAGCCUUUAAUAAUUAAACUGAUUAGAGAGAUGGUUAAUACUACAGCAUACCUGCUACCAUAUCUUCAACUGGUGAUUUAAAAGUGAGCUUAUGUACAGUUUGUGAUGUAUGUGUUAAUGAUGUACUUUUUAAAAAGAAAGAAAAGAUAUUUCAUUCAGUCAGAUUUAUUAGGCUGGUGUUUUUGCGCCCUUUUUCAAGUACAAAAGUGUACUAAAAUUUUAUGCAAGAUGGUACUGUAACAUUCCAUAUUAUCUAUAACCAGCCUUUGUAAACAAAAGGAACUGAUAUACUUGUGUGUAUAAUAAAUGGUUACAGUUCUGUAUAAAAUAGUUGCAUUUAUUAUUUAAAAGUUUUAAAUACUGCUAAUGUUAAAUGCUUGAUGCUGUAUUUAUUAUAAAUAUAAAAUUGUUUGCUUACCUUUUUA